UGGAAGAUGGGUGUCUACCGCAUCCGUGUGUCCACUGGGUCUUCGCUCUUCGCGGGCUCCACCAACCAGGUACAGCUGUGGCUGGUGGGCCAGCACCGGGAAGCCGUGCUCCGGGAGCGUUUUCGGCCUAUGCUGGGCAAGGAGACAGAGUUCCAGGAGGAUGUGAAGGAAUCCCUAGGGCCACUGCUGUUUGUGAAAAUGCGCAAAAAGCAAUUGCUACAGGAUGACGCCUGGUUCUGCAACUGGAUCUCCGUGCAGGGCCCUGGGGCCGCUGGGGAGGAGUACUGGUUCCCCUGCUACCGCUGGGUGGAGGGCAGUGGCAUCCUGAGCCUCCCAGAGGGCACAGGCCGCACUUUGGUAGAGGACCCUCAAGGCCUGUUCAAGAAACACAGAGAGGAGGAGCUGGAAGAGAGAAGGAAGCUGUACAAAUGGGGUAACUGGAAGGAUGGGUUAAUCCUGAAUGUGGCUGCGGACAAUUUAGAUGAUCUCCCUCAAGAUGAGAGGUUUCUGGAGGACAAGAGAAUUGACUUUGAGUCUUCACUGGCCAAAGGGCUGGCCAAAAUAGCUGUCAAAGACUCUUUAAAUGUUCUUGUUCCCUGGAAUGAUCUGGAUGACUUCAACAGGAUCUUCUGGUAUGACCACAGCAAGCUGGCUGAGAAGGUGCGGGAUUCCUGGAAGGAGGAUGCCUUAUUUGGGUACCAGUUUCUCAAUGGCGCCAACCCCAUGCUGCUAAGGCGCUCCAGUAGCCUUCCUGCCCGCCUAGUGUUCCCUUCAGGGAUGGAGGAGCUGCAGGCCCAGCUGGAGCAGGAGCUGAAGGGAGGCACGCUGUUUGAAGCUGACUUCUCCCUGCUGGAUGGGAUCAAGGCUAAUGUCAUCCUAGGUAGCCAGCAAUACCUGGCUGCCCCUCUGGUCAUGCUGAAACUGCAGCCUGAUGGGAAACUCUUGCCCAUGGUCAUCCAGCUCGAAUUGCCACGCACGGGAUCCCCACCACCAACACUUUUCCUGCCCACGGAUCCCCCGAUGGCCUGGCUCCUGGCUAAAUGCUGGGUCCGCAGUUCUGACUUCCAGCUUCAUGAGCUUCUCUCUCAUCUUCUGAGGGCACAUUUGAUGGCUGAGGUUAUUGCUAUGGCCACCAUGAGAUGCCUUCCAUCCAUACACCCUAUCUUCAAGGUGGUGAGCACUGGUGGGGGAGGCCACUUGGAGAUGCUUAGGCGCGCUAGAGCCUUUUUAACCUAUAGAUCAUUCUGUCCCCCUGAUGAUCUGGCUGACCGGGGGCUUCUGGGAGUCAAGUCUUCUUACUAUGCUCAGGAUGCUCUGAGGCUCUGGGAAAUCAUGUAUCGCUAUGUGGAGGGAAUUGUGAGUCUUCACUUUAAGAUGGACAACGCGGUGAAAAAGGAUCUGGAACUGCAGACCUGGUGUCGUGAGAUCACUGAAAUUGGCCUGCGAGGGGCCCAGGACCAAGGAUUUCCCAUGUCCUUAGAGUCCCGGGACCAACUUUGCUACUUUGUCACCAUGUGCAUCUUCACCUGCACUGGCCAGCACUCUUCCGUUCACCUGGGCCAGCUGGAUUGGUAUGCUUGGGUCCCUAAUGCACCCUGCACCAUGCGGCUGCCCCCACCGACCACCAAGGAUGUGACCCUGGAGACGGUGAUGGCGACACUGCCCAACUUUCAUCAGGCUUCUCUCCAGAUGUCCAUGACUUGGCAACUGGGCAGACGUCAGCCCAUUAGUGUGCUUCUGGGCCAGCAUGAGGAGGAGUACUUUUCAGGCCCUGAGCCCAAAGCUGCACUAAAGAAGUUCAGGGAGGAGCUGGCUGCCCUGGAUAAGGAAAUUGAGAUCCGGAAUGCAAAGCUGGACAUGCCCUAUGAGUACCUACGACCCAGCAGAGUGGAAAACAGUGUGGCCAUAUGAGCACUGUGGUUGUUUCAGCAUCUUUUCCACCCAACUCCCAGCCACAUCCCUUAGAGCUUUUAGUCUUCCUCUCCCCAAGCAUGCCUCCUUCUAUCUCCACCCUCCUUAGAGAAUCACCUUUUCUCUGUGUCUGUACACAGUGAACAUAUUUUACUCUAGACUCACCACCUAGGGGGCUCAUUUCUCCCUUAUCCCUCCCACUUUUCCUAUUGUCCUCCCCUCUUCCCUCAUCACUGGGUUCUCCCAAAGGUAAUAAUCACACUUAUAUAACUGUUUCUUUGGACUAGG